AUCACUCUGCGCCUGAGUCGAGCAUCGUUGGCGCCAAAGAGAAUCGGAGAGUGUCGCGCAAUUUGUCAAAAAAAAUAAAGAAACGCUUUUGUCGCAUGCUCAGAAAUGGACAUCCGGAGGUUUUUUGCGCCUAGCAAACCUGCGGCACUCAAACCUUCAAAUGGAAGCACCGGCUCUGACGGAGAGCAGAAGAAGAAAGCAAAAUCAAAAACUAGGGUCAAGAGUCCCACAUCUGACGAAAGACCCUCUGGAAAACGAAAGAAAAGAGUCAUAAUUGAUUCAGACUCUGAGGAAGAGAAAAAGAAGGAGAAGAAGACCAAAAAGAGCGCUAAAGAGACCGACGCCCCUACAGCGAAGAAACACCCAGUAACUUACGUGUCUGAUUCUGAUUCGGAUGAUACAUUUAUGACUCUGAAAAAGACCAAGCGAAAAGAAAAUGGAACCGCUAAAGGCAAGAAAGAAUCCGAUUCAGGAAAAGCAAAACAAGCAAAUGUCUCUUCCAGUAAAUCCCCAACCAAAUCCCCAAACACAGUCUCAAAGGGAGCGGCGAAGAGCUCUCAGCCCACCGUCUCCCCAAAGGUGGCACCGACCCCACCAAAACAGAUGCCCACCUCAGUAAUGGCCUUCUUUGGGAGCUCAAGUGUUCAGAGGUCAGAGAAGAAAAUGGUGGCCAGUACCAGCACUAAGAGGAAGGCAGUGAAUCAUUUAUUGUGGUCAAAAAUGUUUAAGCUUCCUCUUUGUCCAAUCAGGGGGCUAUAA